GACCGGUAAUCAAAUGUCUUUCGAUGUGAUUUUGAUCGUCUUAGCUAGGCAUCUCGGCUGUUCGGCAAAUGAUGUCACAGGAACAGCCUGCAGAUUCGUAUCAAUCUUUCGUUCACUCAACAGACAAAAUAGAUCAAGAAGGUAUCAAUGGCCAAAAUAUAAACGCAUUCAAGAGGGCUGAGCAUGAGAAACCGUUUCUUCUGUGUCUUUGUUUUUCCCUGCCGAAGAUCAAAUGACGUAGAAGGCGGGGAUUCGUCGAUCGGUUAUUAUUGCUAUUAUCAACCAACUAUAGAGCUUCUAACUAUAAUACAACCAACCUCCAUCGCACUCGCACGCGGUUAGCACGAUAACACUCUGCUUGCGUCUCGGUCGGCUUUCCAUUCCUGCCACCUCUCUCGUGGAUCUUCGUCUGCUGACACAUUCUUGGCCAUUCGAGCGUAUAGCAUGGCAUACGCCAACAAGAGCAUCCGCACGAUGCACUGCAUUGGUGAGUUUCUCAACUUGGAUGUGAACUCAUUUACGACCGUCACCGAAUUCGUCGCCCUCAUCCAGGCCGUCCGUGAAGGUCUGUGUCAAGUCGACAGCAACUUCGCCGCGUCCGAUUCUCAGAUCAACUUCCUGUUUCUUUCCAAAUUACAAGGCCAUCCGGGCUGGGAUCAAUGGGCAAAGGUCAUGCUGCAAGAUAAGCGUACCAACCUCUCGGAUCCGACUGAGGGAAUGAAAUUUUGCGAGCUAGCGAACAUCGCGAUUGAACGCGAGCAAACAAUGGCAGCCAAAAGGGCAGCCUCGCAGAAAAAAGGCAAGGAAACAUCACGCUCUAGCACAGGUAUUAAACGCCGGAAACAUCUCACGCAAGAAGAGAUCAACAGUUUUGUCGUUCAUCAAAUGCAAAAAACUCAGCCGCCAAGUCAGAAAAAAGUUGGCCACAACAAACGACCAAGUCAGGAGGAGAUAAACGAAUUCGUCAUUCGCCAAAUGCGCAAAGAACAAGAACGUAAAACGCUUGCUUCGAGCAAGAGUAACUCUGAAACGCGAGAUGGAACAGCAGAUAAAUAUGCCCCUAUCGAGUGUUUCUUUUGCGGUCGAAAGGAUCACCCAGGAGAAAUAUGUCGUUCGCGAAAAUUGAAAGUCACAAGAGCAGAGGUUCCUCGUGCCAAUUUCACACCAAAGAAGGUCGAGUUCCGGACAGAGACCCCUGGAGGAAUGACUGCUUACCGUACAGGGUUUGCUUUGACUUGAAAUGAAUGGGAAUAUUACACAGAUUUACAGAGAAUUUGUUGAGAAACUGCAUUAGAAAUGCAUAUACACCAGACAUGUGUGUGCGGCGUGUUCGCUCGGGGUUGGGUUUGGGAUAUGAUUUAUGAAUUACUUAUGGUCGGCAAGAUGGUCUCAUUCAUUUACGCUUUGUACGGAUACGACUUUUAUGUCAGCAUUUUUUUUCCCUAGGUAGCAUUGAUAUCAUUUAGAACAUUUAAAUAUAGCAACAAUUUUUUACUCCCCAAUCUUUAUCAAUAUAAUUCACGGUCUACCCACCACUCGGUUAUAUUUCUUUGGGCAUUAUCCCCAUGUCAUAAUCAUCAGUGAGUUGCUCGAUCUAAACAUAAUUGGAAAGCAUACGU